CGUGGCCCGCGGUAGGGCGGUGCCGGCUAUGAAUGGGCGGGCGGCGAUGGGCGUGGCCAGAAAAGGGCGUGGCUCACAGUGGGCGUGGCGGUGGGCGUGGCCCCGCGGUGGCGCGCUCCCCGUGGUGCCCCAGGGGGUUGCGCCCCGCCGCCGGAGCCCUGUCCCCUGGGCACCCCCCGUGCUCCCCGCCCCGGCACCCUUGGGUGCCUUCGUCCCGGCCGCGUGCGUGGCCGUGCCCGGUGCCUGCGGACGCCUCCGAGCGGGCUCGAUCCUGAGCCCGACAAGAAGGAAGCGGCUCCGUGCGGCUGUGACACGCUCUGGGGAAGUGAUGCCUGCGCAGACGGCCCGGGAGACAAGUCCUUGGGCUGGAGCACGCCCUUCCUGAGCGCCGCCUGCUCUCUCGGCCAGUUACUCGUCCGCAGGCAGAGCAGGCUGUUGUCUCCCCGGAGCCUUGGUGCCGCGGGCACCAAGCAUCACUCCUGUCUCGGGGCGCAGGGACGGCCCCAGGCAGCCCAGCUGCUUCCCCGGGCUUUUUCCCAUCGGAACCGUCCCCUCACCAGGCAGAGGAUCUCUGCUCCGGUGCCGGUGGAGGUCUGCUGGGCAUCACACCCAUCCCUGGGAGCAUCAGGGCUGGGUGGAAACCCCUCCUUCCCUGGCAGCACCCAGGGAAUAAAAGCACCCACCUGGCCCCUCUGCCUCUAUCCGGCAAAGGGAGUGCAGAAACCACAGCACGAGGGCUGUGGGGAACGCUUGGAGCUGGGCCUGCGGGGGGACAUAGGCUCUUGCCUGCCUGGACAUGGCUGGGCACAGAGGAGGGCUGCCCCUGCCCCUGCUGCUGCUGAGCCUCGCCGUGCCUGAGCUGGCUCUGGAGACCACGGCGCUGCUGCCCACCACUGCCUCCACCAGCACAGCCUCCAGCCCUGAAACAGGAAUCUCCACUCCAGAGACACCCAGCACACCCCCGGGGAGCAGCAGUCCCUCUCUUCCCACCACAGCCCUGCACACAGCUGCACCAGCCGAGUCCUCUACGGCCCCUCUGGACACCGCAGCCCCCUCCCACACCAGCAUAGGGGUGCCCGGGAGCACCCCAGCUCCCAGCCAGCUGCUGGGGACCACAAAUGGGACCAGCCCUGGUACCUCCACCCUGGCCACGGGGACAUCCCCGGACACCCAGGUGUCAUUCCAGAGCCCUGGUGCCACCACGGGCACGGAGCCCUCCUCCCCUGCCACCAACUCAACCCAGAGCCCAAACAACACCUCCAGCACCUCCACGGCCCUGCCGACGGCACAGCCCGCCUGUCCGGGCAUUGUGAGCCCACGUGGGGAGUCCCACAUCUUCCUGUCGAUGCGUCUGGCCAGCCCCCUGGACCUCGGGAACACAACGGUGCAGAAGCUGAUCGUGUCUGAGCUCCAACACAGGCUGCAGGACAGGUUCCCGCACGCCAACUUCACGAUGCACUGGAGAGGGAAGAGACCCUGAGCGCUGCCCCACGCUGCAGCCCCCCAGCCACCUGUGGUGCUGAUGAAGACGAGGAAGGAGCCCCUGCAGCCCAUUGUCAGCCCCUGUGUGCUCUGAAAUAAGCAGAUUUCAGGACCUGGCUGGCUGUGGGGGCACAGCUGGGGGGGUCCCACGUUGGUGCCCCCCCCCCCCCCCAGCUGCUGGGGCAGCCGCGUGCACCGUGGGGCCGUGGAAAUCCCGUGGGCUGAAAUCCUUCCCUGUUUUUUUCCAGUCCCUGGCUAAAGGAGAAGGCCGCAGCGUCUAUCCCCCUGCAGCAAAGUCACUUAUUAACUGAUUAAUUAGCCAGAUAAAAUCAGGCCGAAGCAGUUAUUACCCUAAGCAAGUCACCUCGCGGAGAGAUUAAAAAGUGAAAUAAUUACCAAAA